AUGCACAAGUCCUGUACCGUUGCAAGGCUGAAGGCAGACAUUCUAGACGAUGGUCCUGAAGACAUUGUCUCGAUCGAGGCCAAUCCAGGCUUGCGCUCCCGCUUCCCCACCGUCAUUGAGUUCGAGGAUUACACCUGCGAAGAGCUGCUGGAGAUUGCCACCGGGAUGCUCUUGCAGGACGUCAUGGUCCUCUCGGAACCCGCGGCGAGCGAUCGGCUGCGAACGCUUCUACAGAAGGCGAGCACCCCUCACGCUUUCAAGGUUGGCACAGGCUUCCUUUUUGCGACCAUCAAUCCAGAGCGCAUGUUGAAGUUCAAUCACAAGUCACAUUUGAAGAUGGCGAGCGGAAAAGAGUGUCGCAUCAUUUCCAAGGUGCAGGCUGAGAAGUUCCAGCAGAUAUUUGACCAGGUGUUGCUGCCUUUCUUGGCUGUGAAGUUCCAAUCCACCCCUAACGUAGCAGGAGGGGGUGGUCACACCUGCGCCGUGAAGCUGGAUGGGCAGCUGGUGUGCUUUGGGCACAACGACUACGGCCAGUGCGACGUGCCAACAGAUCUGGGGCCCGUGCGGGCCGUCGCUGCGUUAAUUUAUCACACUUGCGCCGUGAAGGCAGAUGGGCAGCUGGUGUGCUUUGGGCAGAACGAGUUUGGCCGGUGCGACGUGCCGACAGAUCCUGGGCCCGUGGUGGCCGUCGCUGCGGGAUCUUUUCACACCUGCGCCGUGAAGGCGGAUGGGCAGCUUGUGUGCUUUGGGGGCAACAACGAUGGCCAGUGCAACGUGCCGGACAACCUGGGGUCUGUGGUAGCCGUUGUUGCGGGAGCUUUUCACACCUGCGCCGUGAGGGCUGAUGGGCAGCUGGUGUGCUUUGGGCUGAACAGCUUUGGCCAGUGCAACGUGCCAACAGAUCUGGGGCCCGUGGUGGCCGUCGCUGCGGGAGGUGGUCACACCUGCGCCGUGAAGGCGGAUGGGCAGCUGGUGUGCUUUGGGUGUAACAGCAAUCGGCAGUGCGACGUGCCAAAAUAUCUGGGGCCCGUGCUGGCCGUUGCUGCGGGAGCUUUUCACACUUGCGCUGUGAAGCCAAAUCGGCAGCUGGUGUGCUUUGGGGAGAACACCUGUGGCCAGUGCGACGUGCCAACAGAUCUGGGGCCCGUGCUGGCCGUUGUUGCGGGAGCUAGUCACACUUGCGCUGUGAAGCCAAAUGGGCAGCUGGUGUGCUUUGGGAGCAACGAGUUUGGUGAGCGCAAUGUGCCGCCAGACUUCGGGCCAGUCCUGCGUGUAGAGGUGGCGGGAAGCCCAGGCAUUCAGCCCAUCCACGGCACAGUGGAAAGCGCUGCCUCGGCAUUGAGCCCCGAAGUUGUCCAAGAGGUGCAGCACACCGAGGUCGCAGCAGAGAUCUUGCCUGAGGAGGCGGCCGCCAUCGUGGCUGAACAAGAAGCCUCCCUCAUCGAGCGCAACAUCCAUUCUGGCUGGCACUGCAAUGCAUCCCAGACUGCCAGCAUGGCCGGUGGCCACUUCUGCCGUGUGCUGUUGCUGCAACUCAGCCGCUCUCCACGCGAGCUCAACGGUGUCCUGGAGCAGUCCGAGGCCCUGCGAGCCACUCGCCAGGCGUUCGCGGACGAGGGUUAUCACUGGCAUCUGCCCAACGGCGCGAAGGCUGGGCCGUGCAUGGUGCGCAGUCUCCAGUUUCAAUCAAAUCCGAGGCAAGCCCUUAGCCCUCAGAGUCUGGCUAGGCGUGACGGUGUAGAGAGUGUACCUGCAGAGAAGAGAUCACCCAGCCGGGAGGUUUUCCUCGACCCGCAGCUCUUCCGCUCGCUCCGCAGCCGCAACGAGAUCGAAUUGAAGUCCCAUCACAUCCUAGUGACUCAGGACCCCUGGUCCCUCAAGGGCUGCGCAGGAAGGGUCCCAGAUGUCAGCAAAGGGAAUUUGAAAAGGCUGUGGUGCGUGAACCUUUUCUCUGCCCCAAGCUCCCACACUAUAAGCUCGCUCAUUUGA